AAAAGCGCACAAGAGCGGAUAGUGUACCAGUUGUAAAUGUCCAGGAGGCAUCUGCAACUCCCAAUGCCGCACCCGAGAUCCGCCAGGUUCAAAAUGCCCCCGAACCAAGCGUGAUUACCCAGCGGCCAGUCAUCGCACCAAAGUUUGCCAGAAAUGCAGAAAUGGAAGAUAGGCGGAAGGCUAGGAUAGAAGCACGGAAUGCUCUUGCCGAGCUACGAGCUCAAAAUCAAGCCCAAGCGAAAGCGCCUCCUGAAACCAAACCUGCAGAAGCUGAAGACGCAGCUCAAGAAGCGAGCAGUGAAUCGGAAUCAGAUAGUGACUUUGAUGUAAUGGGAGUCGCUCCCGAUGAUGACUUGGAUCCUCCAGAGGCAGUCGACGGAAGUGAUCCAUCGUCUGAUCCUGCCGAAUUGGCCAAUGUUUGUCCCUCGUAUUCCCUGGAUGCAAAGUUUAAGA